AUGGCACGCACAAAAGGAAGAAUUGAAAGAACUACAAGCCAAAAAUCAGCUACAAAAGCAGUGAAGAAUGUCAAUGUGGCUUUCAAAGCAGCAAAGAAAAUGUUAAGCAAAGACUCAACAAACAAAAAGAAAAGAGCACAUCCGGGUGCUGUUGCGUUGACUGAAAUCAAAGUCUUACAACGAUCAACAGAACUCUUACUCAGAAGGGCUCCAUUCCAACAUUUGGUCAGAGACAUCGCUACAGCUAGUAAGACUGAUCUGAGAUUCCAAAGCGCUGCUUUGGCUUGUUUACAAGAAGCUGCUGAGGCUUAUUUAGUGGGUCUUUUCGAAGACACAAAUUUGUGCGCCAUUCACGCCAAAAGAGUUACCAUCAUGCCAAAGGACAUGCAAUUAGCAAGAAGAAUCAGAGGCGAGAGAACUUAA